AUGCCUUCUUCAUCUCCUCCUCCUGGCCCCCCUCCCCUUUCUCCCCCCCAGUCGCUCGUAGGCUCCUCAAAGAACAAUACUCCUCGCCUCGAGUCCAUUGCAGCCUUUCCACGCCUCGCCAUUGCCGCCCAGUCCACUUCGGCCGACUCCUCAGCUUCAAAUUCGCCUCGAUUCCCGCUUGCUGUCCCGCACGCGACCACUCCCGCUGCCACUUCCGCCUCAGGGGCUCUCGGCACAGUCCCCUCUCCCACCACCGAGGGCUCCUCAACUGCUCGUGCGAGGAGGGCUACAGUCUCUGAUGCCGUUGCUUCCUCCACCUCCACCACCGUAUCCCAUCCCGCAGACAUCGAGAUGGAUCACAUAAACCCCACCCCUGCCGGCCACCGCCGCCGACGGAGCAGCCUCAUGUCGCCCGCAACCAGCGCACAAGGCCAACCUUCUGGCAGGGGCGCCCACACCAGGGGGCCCUCAGUCUCUGGCCAGUUCCGCACUGACGAACCCAAGAUAUCCGAGGAGAGCCAAUCUACCAUCAAGGACAAGAAUGGCGUCCUGAGGUUUCCCCCCAACAACGACUUCUCAGACGAGGAUUUGCACGAUGACGAAGAGACGGGCCUCACCGCCAAGGAGAGACGGAGGAAACAGAGGAAGAAGAGGCGGAAUACUUUGCUCGACCAACGGAUAGCACGGGAAAACGUGACAGCAGAGGAGAAAAAGGAGGCAGACCAAACAGUUAUCAGGAAACUGGCCGUCAAUGGCACCUUGAUCGGUCUAUGGUACCUUUUCUCGCUGGGUAUCUCACUCUACAACAAGUGGAUGUUUGACACCCACAGACUCAACUUUCCUUUCCCCCUUUUCACCACAUCAGUACACAUGAUUGUGCAGUUUACACUCGCCUCUGUUGUUCUGUACUGUGUACCAUCACUGAGACCACAAAACGCGCCUCGAAAUAUGUCAGAGUUCCGCGACUCAACACAGGACGAGGAGCCAGAGAGGCCACUGAUGACCAAGAUGUUCUAUCUUACUCGGAUAGGACCUUGUGGUGCGGCCACGGGGCUUGAUAUCGGCUUGGGCAACACCUCGCUCAAGUUCAUCACGCUUACUUUCUACACGAUGUGCAAAUCAUCCUCACUUGCAUUCGUCCUCAUGUUCGCCUUCCUGUUCAGGCUCGAAUCGCCCACAUGGAAGCUAGUAGGCAUCAUCGCCACCAUGACCGGCGGAGUGGUUAUGAUGGUAGCUGGCGAGGUCGAGUUCAACCUGGCCGGCUUCAUCCUCGUCAUCUCAGCCGCCUUUUUCUCUGGCUUCCGCUGGGGACUCACGCAGAUCCUGUUGCUCAGGAACCCCGCCACCUCCAACCCAUUCUCCAGCAUCUUUUUCCUCGCGCCCGUGAUGUUCCUCACGCUUAUAUGCAUCGCCAUCCCCACCGAGGGUAUCUACGAGCUUAUGGAAGGCGUGAGAGGUCUCGUCGACGAGUGGGGCCUGAUUGCUCCGCUACUUGUGCUAUUCCCAGGCACCAUCGCCUUCCUCAUGACGGCUUCCGAAUUUGCUCUGCUGCAGCGUACUUCGGUCGUCACUCUUUCAAUUGCAGGCAUCUUCAAAGAGGUCGUAACAAUUUCUACAGCGACGCUCGUCUUUGACGACAAGCUGACGCCCAUCAACAUCUCGGGGCUAUUCAUCACGAUCGGGGCAAUCUGCGCCUACAACUGGAUCAAGAUCACCAAGAUGCGAUCGGAUGCGCAGACCGACGUGCACGGAAGGCGGCCCGACGAAGACGGUGACACGACCAGCCCGAGCUCGAGCGGUACCGAUGUCGAGGACGAGGGAGGCGAGGAGACGGGCCUUCUGGCCACGAGGCCAAGCGCGGAGUUAGAGCAAGGCGACCUCGUCACGGUGGACGGAGAAUUUGUUUUCCCACCCAGGGCCCCACAGGCUCCCGUGCGUGCCUCGAUAGACGAACGAGAUAAGUUGGACCGACAAGACUAA